GAAGAGCCCUGGUCCAAAUACUUUGGUCAAUCUAGCUUUGCCCGACAUAGUAUAGUCAGGGAAGCCAGCGUUGUCAACGUCAAAGAUAUGCUCAGGCGUGCAGACGAGCUCAAGCUCUUUGCGCCACUGGGAUGUGGAUUUCAAACUGGAAUGGGCGCUAUCCUGAACACUUCAAAUGCUGGCCCGGAUGAUAUCGUGAUGAUAUUGGGGUUGGGUGCUGUUGGAAUGGGGGCCCUUAUGACCGCCAAAAUCCGUGAAUGCAAGGCAAUAAUUGUUGUCGAUAAGGUUGAGGCGCGACUCGAACACGCGAAACGUCUAGGCGCAUCGCAUACCAUUAACACAGGAACAUUGGAUAGUACAGGCCUAAAGGAUGCCGUUUGCCAAUUCUUUCCCUCGGGUGCUUCAAUUGUUAUCGAUACCACAGGCGUUCCUACUUUGAUCGAAGAAGGUCUCCAAUCUACACGGAAAAGAGGCAAGCUGGUGCUUAUUGGAGUCGCUCCGUUAGGCUAUGGGCUCAAUGUCGAUGUCGGGCAGCAUGUAAACGUGAGUGACAAUGAUCCUGGAUUCAAAUACGUUCAGCGUUAACCAUUUUCAUUUUGUCAAUGAUAGUCCGGCCGAUCGAUAAUGGGCUGCAUUGAAGGUGAUUGUAUUCCCGGCAAGGCAAUUCCGCAAAUGAUUCAAUGGUAUCGCGAAGGUCGCUUUCCAGUCGACCAGUUAGUUCAG